AUGUCAACAAAGCAAAUUGCCAAACAUUUUAAAUGUCGUGGAGGUAUUUAUCCUCAUUCUAAUAUUAAAAGAUUGACUGUACCAGAUGAUUUGGUAGACUGGUGCACAUCGUGGCCGGAAUACAGUCCUCCAGUCUAUAAUUCGAACAUUCUGACAGGAAAACCUUGGGCAGAUCCAGAUAUAGGUGAUUCUUCAUUCAAUCCCAAAUGGAAUGAGGAGGAUGUUCAUAUAAAUAGGAAAAGCUAUCAUGGAAAAUAUAAAGUAGUUGAUGGCUAUCCAAUAAAUCCAUGUGGAAGAACUGGUUUAAAAGGUCGUGGAAUUUUAGGAAAAUGGGGUCCAAAUCAUGCAGCAGACCCUAUAGUUACCAGAUGGAAAAGAAAUAUGAAUGGAGAUGUAAUAAAACAAGAUAGCAAGCCUGUACUACAGUUAUGUGUGAUUGAGCGAUUUGAUUGUGGAGAACAAGCUUUACCUGGUGGCAUGGUUGAUCCGGGUGAAAAGAUUUCUGCAGCAAUAAAAAGAGAAUUUAUGGAAGAAGCAAUGGCAUCUUUAACUCAUUCGAAGGAUGAAAAUGAAGAAGUGUCUAAAAAACUUGAUAAAUUUUUCUCUAAUGGUGUUAUAAUAUAUAAUGGUUACGUAGAUGACAUUAGAAAUACAGAUAAUGCAUGGAUAGAAACAUCUGCUAUAAAUUAUCAUGAUGAUGAAGGAACUGGACUAGGGUCUCUUAAUCUGACUGCUGGUGAUGAUGCAAAAAAUAUUGGUUGGGUGGAUGUCAAUAGGAAUUUAAAACUAUAUGCGAGUCAUAGUGAAAUGGUUAAAUUGGUUUCUGAAAAUCUUCAUAGCUUUUGGUAAUUUUAUAAACUUAGUAAAUAAUGAUCUAGCAAUACAAAAUAUAUGUUAUAUUAUUUUAAUGAAG